AAGCGUCCUGCCGGGGCGGUCCCGGGAGAUUGGUAGUAGGAGUAGCAGUUUAUCCCUGAUUGGCUUCAAUUGUUGCCUUCUGGCACCGCGGUCUCCUAACGAGAUUGAGGAAGAGACUGGGCUGAUGGUUUUGGAUUUAGAGAAACUAAAGUACCUCCAUAGAUUAGAGUAUCUUUGAGAGAGACCUACAGUUUCCCCUGGCUAGAGGAUAUCCUAAUGAACUACUCACUUACUUCUUAGCUCUUUUACCAAGAAGAGGGCUGAAAAUGCUUUCUUCAAGUAGCCCAACUUCUCACCUGGUUACCACAUUUAUCACUGAAGGGAGUAACACUCGUGGAGAUGACAUCCUUACUACCACCAACAACUGCUGACAUAAUGGGCAGGUUGGAAAGCACUUCUGCAAGAACCCUGGAACCAGUUCUUUCUCAACUGACUUUUGCUGUUGAGAGUCUACACUAUUAAAAGGAGAAAAACUAGAUAAAAGAAACUCCAAUGUCUUCAAAUAGGAAGUUCACAGAAUAUGACAAAAAGAAACUUCAGGAAGAAAAUUCCAAGUUGAAGUGUGAGCUAGAAGUUUUGAGAAAUCAAUAUGAAUGGCUUUUAGAAGAAGGAAAGAAUGAAUGCUUUGAUGAAAGACGUAUCAAUCUUUUGAAAGCUCAAGUGAUGCAGCUACAGAGACAGGUGGUACUGCUUACAGAAGGAUUAAGUUCUCGAGCUGCUAUUCUAUUAGAGAUGAGUGAAGCUUUAGACCCCUUCAUUGAAAAACUCAGAUAUUUUCUUGACUGUAAUAGCCCUACUUGUGAAGUUCCAGUUGAACGAUCUGAACUUAAGCAGAUGAUUAAAACAUGCCAGGGCCUUAAAAGUAAACUGCAAAAAAACUAUCAAGCAACUGGCAUUGAUGAACUUGCACUGCCCUGGUUGAUGUCAAGAAAGAACUUCACUAAACCAAAUGUUACACUUCUUGAUCUCUGCUAUGGAAAAAUGGAAAAUUUAAAUUUACAAUAUGUGAGUGCCCUUGAAACCAAACUUAGCCAAUUGUAUAGACACCUGCAGUGCAUGAAGCAAACGCUGAACUUCAUUCUAGCCCCAGGUCAGGGGUCCCACAAGCAAUCUCUACAAAUUCUCCCCACUGCAGUGUACUCUAGGCUGAUAAAUCAGAUGAAGAGAUGUAAUCUGUCUUUGGAGGAAUGCUGCAGUGACUUGCUUAUUUUGACCCUUAUUGUACCUUCGGCACCCUGGGCCAAAAUACAAAGUGCUUCAAUCCCAGAAUUCACUGUAGAUAGUGUUCUGUCUAUGCUACCAGAAUUUCCCAAAGGGUCUCUGCAGGUAAAAGCCAAAAAGGCAAUAGAAGCUCUACUGAAGGCUACUAAUUAUGCCAAGCUAAUGACUAUGCAACAGAUAAAUGCCCUACAGGCAGAAGUUAAUUUUCAUAGAAGUAUCUACAACCUCCAAAUUAAGUACACCAAAGCUGUUUUUGAUGCUAUAAAGCAAGCCUAUCAUUCUUUUUUGGCAAAUGUUGAUGGCGUUCUAUGUUCCCCAUUAAGAGAUGUUCUUUCUUCUUAUUUAAACCUUAAAGCUGAACCAUCAGACACUGCAUUCAGAGACUUUCUCUCUAUUUUAAAAAACAAUGCUGAACAGAUUCAAGAGGCAGUUGACACUUUGACUCCAUCAGAAAAUCUCCAGGCUGAAGGUGAUGAGGUCUUGUCGAAGUUUGGGAGAGAAUUUUUCCUUUCUUUGGAGCAAUCUCUCAGAGACUGUGGAGAGCAACGAGAUAAAGCAGCAAGAGAGAUGGAAGUCUUAAGAAUUGAGUUGGAGCAAGCUAUAACAGAACUCCAGGUGUUCAAAAAGGAACGUAAAGAGAAAGGAAUGGAGCACAAUUUGAGGUUUUCAAAGUGGAAAGGGGAAGGUGGAGAAACAUUAGGGACAGAAGACAUGCCAACCCAAUUGUCCAUAUCCCAGUUUGCCUCUCACAAACAGAAACUGGACAUUAAUUCGGUUUGUUCAAGUAAAACUUCCUCCUUGCUGGUUCAGGAAGAAACUAUUGAAAGGGCCCCCAGCCGACACCGAGGGAAGAACUCCAAGGUUAAAGGUGCUGGUAAACCUCACACGCCAAAAUGGAUUCCAAGUCUAAAAAGUUACAUUGAAGGCAUGUGAUCCUACGUCCAGUUCUAUGAAUGUCAGUCUGCGAUUUAACUCCUCAUUGUUUCCUUUGUUGGCUUCAUGAACCCAGGUUUCUUAGAUUUCAACCAUCUGGCUGAUUUAAUGACUGAAAAAGAAUCACCUUCAACUUUGAAUGCUGCUGGAAAUGAUAAAAUAUUGCUCAUCCUUGCAUGAAAGUAAUAACAAAAAUGCACUAAAAAUGUUUACAUGGAACAGAUGCUUUGAAAAGUGCCUGCUUGUGUUAAGUAAGGUUAAAGAAAAUUUACUAAAAGGAGUUUAUAGAAUGUGCCGAAUUUGCUUUUCAACAAGAUAUUUUCAUUUCCAGAAUCUCUUUGGAUAUUAAGGAUGUUCAAAUUUUAAAGUUGAUGUUUUGUUAACAAACAAAUAAAGUUGAAAUUUAAGGA